AUGCCACCAAAAAACUUCAGAUGCAUUUGUCAAGGCAUUUGUAAAAUUAAACUGCCAUACAAUAAACACAGGUUAAACCAUAAUGGAGAAAAAUUACAUCAUUGUCGGGUUUGUGAUCGUAAAUUUAAUUAUAAAGCAAAUUCUCAAACACAUCUGACUGAUAAAAAAGUAAGAACAUUCACUUGUUCUCUGUGUGAUGAAACUAUUGUUGGCCAAAAAAAUUACUAUAUACAUUAUAUGGAUGCACAUACUAAAAAGUCUAUCCGUAAGCCACAAACUAAUCAAUCUAGUGCAUCUAACAGUGAUGAAGAUAAAGCUGAAGAAGAAGAAAGAUUAAAAUAUGCUGUUCAGGAAGAAAUUGAAAGUUCAAGACAAGAUACACUAAAUAUGUUUCAAAAAAGAAAACAACAACCAACAGAUUACAACACUGAAGAAUACAAAAAGUUACUAAAAACUUUAAUUUCUGAAAAAAAUUCUACUGGUCAAUUUAAUGAAGCUAAAUGUAUGGGUCCAUUAUUUUGGAAAAAUUCUCUUUUCAAGGCUGGGCUUAUAGAAGAAGCUAUACAUCCAGUGCAAUUUCAAGGACGACUAAAACCUAUUGAAUGUACAUCUUGUGGAAAAUUUUUUGCUAGGUUACCAAAAUCUAAUGAAGUUAAUAUGUUGCCGUCUAAACUACCAUGUUCUAAAUGCUUUAAUAUGAAAAAUGAUUCUGGAUUAUUGCAACAUCAAUUUGAAAAACAUAGGGAACUUCCUCCAUUCAUUUGCAAAGAAUGUUUGUGGGAAUCAGAAACAUGGUACAAGUAUAUCCAGCAUAUGAAAAAGCAUAUCAAAUAUGAAGCAAAAUGUAGUGAGUGUGUAUAUAGUGACAUGAUGAAUAAACCAGCUAAUAUCAUAUUCUUAUGUCAUGUUUGUGAAAUGUCUUUUGGCUCUGAUGACGAACUAAGAGUGCAUGCAGAAAUACAUUUAGAAAAUUGA